GUUAGGGCUGUCAAAAAUGGGCUCGCCACAACGGCAAAUUUUCCCGCAUGUUCAGCUGGGCGGUUCUCACGUUUGCAGAUUGCAGCGCGUCUCCUCAGCCUCGGGGCCUAGGGCCUAGACAUCUGUUGUCCUUGGAAACUCUUCUCGCCAUGACCUUGCUUGGUUCAGUUGCGGGCUCUCCUGCAUCCAGGGAGUGCAGCGCUGUCCGUGGUUGGAGAUGACUCGACGGCACCUGGUGUUUCGGGUCACAAUCAUCGUCUUUGUUCUCGCAGCCCUGCUGUGGUCCACGUUUCUGACGCAGCGCACCAUCAAGGUCACGCAGAACAUCCUAAGGCUGCUGCGCAAGCGCCAGGGGAGGCCCGAGCCCAAGAAGUUACACAUUGUGACCGUGCAAGGGGGCGGGACAGGGAUUGGAUUCCAACAGCUGCCGGGAUAAGGGCAGGGCAAGCUUGAGGGACAAACAAGGAAGCUCAGAAGCAGCAAGGAAAGCUCCAACAAAACUUGAGCAUCAUGGAUGAUGACCCGGAACUAGAAGCCCUGCGGAAGCGGCGCAUGGCAGAGAUGAUGGCGCAGCGCGGCGGCGGCGGCGGGGGGGCCACUGCAGAGAAGCAGCGCGCAGCAGAGGAACAGCAGAGGGAGCAGGAGGAGCGGCGGCAGGCUAUGCUGGCCCAGAUCAUGUCCCCUGAAGCGAGAGCGCGCCUUGCCCGCAUCGCCCUGGUGAAGCCAGACAAAGCGCGCGGCGUGGAGGACCUCGUCAUCCGGAUGGCGCAAAUGGGACAGAUCACUGAAAAGGUGACCGAGGACCGAUUGAUCUCCCUCCUGGAGCAGAUCAAUGAGCAGCAGCAAACCCGUACAAAGGUCACAAUACAACGGAGAAGCGUCUUUGACGACGAUGACUGAGGUAUGUACCUUACACUCAAAAGAAUAUAGGGCAUCAGGUGGGGUAGGUGGAAUCCAAAUUGAACUGGUGUGUAGCAGUGGUCUAGCUGCUCGACAAAGCAUGUUCAAGGUUGUAUUUGGAUGCAGUUGGCACGAGUCCUCGCUACGGGAAUGAUUGACGAAGAGCCCGUCUUCAUUCUUGGUUUCGAGAAGAUGCCGGCCUCACUGGCCUGAAAGUUGCAAUGGGUAAACUAGUGCAAUGGGAUCUUUGCUUAGGCUACAAGAUACAUGGUCAAUAUUUUUCCAUCGGCGAGCAACUCGCUGGAUGUCACGAGAUGCACAUGUGCGUAUAGCUUAGUGUACAGUGUAGCGCGUCUUACGCUCGUGCAAGCGGGCCUAUUAGUAUAUGCCUAAAGCUGCAGCCCGGCAUAUGGUCGCCACCCGGACCUGGCCGAACCGGACCGCACUGUCAUGCAAUGUUCAGGACUUCUUCAAGCUAGGCUACAAGCAGGUGUCGGGCUGGCGCCAUCAGCG